CAUCGUGUGGGGGACGAGCCAACGCGGCAACGACCUCACCACUGGAGCAGUUCGGUUCAAACCGAACCCGCCAUGUCUCGCCCGACCACAUCCGUUCCACACCAACUAAACCCCUCCAGACUUUUCCUAAUUUUACCCGUAGUUUUCUGUGCUGCGUUCGGGGAAAUUGCCAGAAAUUCUUUGCUCCCGUCGAGUCGUCCACGGUUUUUAAUACCCUCCGACCCGACCACCCCCUGCCCCCGGCGCGCCAUUGGCACCUGGCUAUAGCUCAGCUCAGCUGCGUGCGUGCGUGCGUGCUUAACCCAUUGCUGUGCCUGAUGGGCAACCUGGUCUCGGGGGGUGCGGCCAUGGGCGCGAGCGGCGGCGGGAAGGUGGUGAUGGCGGACGGGAGCGUGCGGGCGCUCAGCGAGCCCGUGUCCGUGGCGGAGCUCAUGAUGGACCACCCGCGCCACUUCGUCGUCGACGCGCGCGUCCUCAAGGAGCACGGUGGUCAGCAGCAGCAGGGCGCCGGAGGGGCCAAGGUCGCGCCGCUGCCGGCCGACCACGUGCUGGGCGCCGGUGGGGUGUACGUCCUGCUGCCGGCCACGCGGGGGAAGGUGUCGGCCGAGGAGGCGCGGCGCAUCCUGAUGGCGUCUCGGUCGCUAGCGCGGUCCCGGUCAAUGCCCGGCGGGCUGAGGCGGAAGCUGUCGUCCAGGAAGGAACGUGGGGCGGAGACCGACGGCCCAGCGCAGCGCGACGCGGCCGCGGUGGAGGAGCAGAUGGAAGACGAGGCGGCUAGGCUGGACGGGUUCGAGGAGCACCGGCCGGAGUUCCUGAGCCGGGAGCUGUCGAGCAGGGGGUGGAAGCCGAGCCUGAGGACCAUCGAAGAGCGCGUGGCGCCCAAGAAGGUGCCCCAUUGGCUGUUCUGAUCCAUUAGCCGAUCGAGUAGGCUUCUUUGAUUCGCCAUGCAUCUAAUCGUCUUAGUUUUCUCUGUCUCAAUGAAUGCUUGUGAUCACCUAGUCCAUCAAAUGCAUGUACAGAAGAUGGCAUCGUUUGACUUGCAUGUGAUGAGCUGAGAAGCACAAGCGAAAUUUGCCAUGUAACUGCAGGAUUAGAUUAGAUAUGUUUGAGGGUUGUGUCAUCA